UCUGUGCGCGUCAGUAUCGCAGUGAAGCAGGCCGAUGAGAUCGAGAAGAUCUUGUGCCACAAAUUCAUGCGCUUCAUGAUGAUGAGGGCUGAGAACUUCUUCAUCCUGCGCAGGAAGCCCGUGGAGGGCUACGACAUCAGCUUCUUGAUCACAAACUUCCACACGGAGCAGAUGUACAAGCACAAGCUGGUGGACUUUGUCAUCCACUUUAUGGAGGAGAUCGAUAAGGAGAUCAGCGAGAUGAAGCUCUCUGUCAAUGCCAGGGCCCGCAUCGUGGCAGAGGAGUUCCUCAAGAAUGUGAGGCUCUGA